UUCUCGUAUUCAGCUUCUCAGUGCUGUUUCGGACGCGGUUGGGAGUGGACGUGUUUUUCAUUGUCUCUCUCUUUCUCUCUUCAUCAUCGUCGUCUUUUUCAGUCCCUCUAGAAAAUUAAUAAACGAACUUUCGAAAGUUCCGACGAUAACAGACAUUUAAUCGUUCGUUAAUAAAACCUAGUGUAAGUGUACGUUGAUAUUUUUCCUCAUUAAUGUGUACUCCUUGUAUUUGACGAAUGAAAAAAGAAGAAACAGAAAUAGACAACUUAUCGCAUUCCUGGAAUUACUCGACAACGUUGUUCUCCGCUUUAGUGAAAAUAGUUGUUUUAUCGCCGUGAUAACGAGUUAGAUAAAGAUAACGAACUAUCGGGUGAACGAAAGUGCGAGAAUAAUAGAAAAAGAAAGAAGAAAAAAAACACGAAAAUAAAUCAACGGAUAGAAAACAUCGAAGGAGCAAAAUUAUUGUCUUUCUAUCGAAUUUCACUGGAUUGUUGCACGCACGUAAAUAAAUAUUUUCGUUGAUCUUACGAAUUAACUGUAAGCUAAUAUAAAAAGAAGGAAAAAAACGAUCAGUUUGUUUAUUAACUAUCGUUGGUGGAACAUAAAGAAUAUUCGGUUAUCAAAACGCCAUAUUACUCUGUGUUCGAGACGUUCGGCAAUCUUCGUCUAAUAUACUCGACGAAUUUUUCAUACCGGAAAUAUUAAACAGUUUUCGUGCAUCGUUAUUUGAACGGACCUUCACAUACGUAAAUUAUUUUAACGACCAAGUUCGACAAAUUUGAUUUUUACAUGAAAUUAAAUACGAAAUGAUCGCAUUUACUUUUAUUAGUCAAUUUUUAGAUUAAAAAAAGCGAAUUUUGUUCUCAAUCUUUUAUUAGAUACGAUAAUCUUUUUGUACUUACGGUUGUGAUUUCUUUUUCCUUAAUUUAUUGAGUCAGUGAAAGUGAAAUAAAUAAAAAGAACGAAUUUCGUUUAAAUAGUAGUAGAGGAAAACGUUUCGUUCGAUCGACCACCUUCGUUUUGCAGUGCUGUGACAAAAAGAAGAAAUUGUGUGAUAUAUCUCGUGUUAGCCAAGCAACCAAGUAACCAACCAAUCAACCAACUGAAACCAACCAGUUAUAGCUAGUUGCAUCUCUUCUAUCUCUGUUUUACACAGUUGAUACAGUUGCCGGAUAAAUUGUUCGAACCCCCGAUGCUAUCGAGUUACCAACAGCAACAGAAACAGCAACAACUGCAUCAGCGAGUUACACUCUUCUGAGAUAAUCUCAUUCUCCUUCGUUUACGAAGGACCUUCCCGGAACAAUCGCUGAACGAACUCGAAUUACUGGGACGAGUGAUCGAACGAGUGUUCUGCGGCACGCGAUGCGAUUGUGCAGUUCCACCGAUAAGAGCGGAACGUUGCCUGAGACGGAGAUAGAAAGUGGCUGCUGUGGAAGUAAAAACAAGUGGUGCGAGAUGAGGUUGAUGCAAAGGGUAGCGAUCAGUGGACUUUUGUCCGUAAUACUGAUCGUUCUCUUGACUGGAACGUUCGUCACCAGACGCGACCUAACCACUGUCGUUGAAAGAGGUGUUGCACCGGAGGAACGUGCGGAACAAGUAAAUCCAGCUUGGAUCCAGGACAAUGCUGUACCUGGUGGUGGUGGUGGUGGCGGUGGUGGUGAUGGUAGUGUUGGUAUAUUGGGAAAUGGUGUUGCUGCUGCCGAUGCUGUUGCUGGACCAGGUUUACCUCGGGAAGAGAAUAGAAUCGAAGAUAAACAAGAUCGACGAACCUUCAAUCUCGUUAGGACGGUUCAUAGGCCCUCCGAAGUUACGGUUGCCGUUGCACCACCACCCGCACCACUUCCAGGUCCUUACGUUGUUAGACCACCAAAUCCACCUUUGGACGAUGUAACUCAUCAACGUCGUGAGAAAAUCAAAGAGAUGAUGAAGCACGGUUGGGACAAUUACGUGAGGUACGCCUGGGGGAAAAACGAGCUAAGGCCGAUCACGAAGAAGGGCCACAGCGCCAGUAUCUUCGGCACGUCCACGAUGGGUGCGACCAUAGUCGAUGGUCUGGAUACCCUUUACAUCAUGGGUUUGCACGAUGAGUUCAAGCAAGGCAGGGAUUGGAUUGCCGAGAACCUGGAUUUCGAUAUUAACUCAGAGAUAUCGUUAUUCGAGACGAACAUUCGUUUUAUGGGAAGUCUUUUGGCUUGUUACGCUCUCACGGGAGACGUAAUGUUCCGGGAUAAGGCAGCCCAGCUCGGUGAACGGAUGUUACCAGCCUUCCAAACGGAUACCGGAAUUCCUCAUUCCCUCAUCAACCUCCACACCGGUGCUAGUAAGAAUUAUGGUUGGGCAAGUAGUGGAUGCAGCAUUUUGUCGGAGAUCGGAACGAUGCAUUUGGAAUUCACUUACCUGAGUGACAUUACCGGGAAUCCCAUCUUCAAGACCAAAGUCGAGAACGUGAGGAAGGUGCUGAAAAACCUCGAAAAGCCGAAGGGUCUCUAUCCAAAUUACA